AUGGGACCUCCGUGGGCCCUGUGGGUGCUGCUCGGGCAGCUGGACGCCCUGGCCGGAGUGAUCCCGCCGUCCAACGGGCCGACCACCGUCCAGACCAAGCAGGCGUUCGAGGUGGACAAGUUCCAGGGGGAGUGGUUUGUGCUGGGCCUGGCAGGCAGCACCCACAGCAAGGCGGACCAGCGCCUGCUGAGCCCGUUCACAGCGACGUUCACGCAAAAUAACAAGCAGCAGCUCGAGGUGACCUACGCCAUGGUCCGGGGCCAGCGCUGUGUCACCUGGUCGUACGUGCUGAUUCCCACGGCCCGGCCGGGCGCGUUCUCCGUGCAGAACCGCGAGGAGCUGGGGACGGACACGGAGGACGUGUGGGUGCGGGACACGGACUACAGCACCUUCGCCCUCAUGAGCUCCCGCCGGCAGUCCGCCCGCCGGGCCAUCGUGAGGGUCCACCUGCUGUGUGAGCCCCCGAGGGCGCCCCCAGCGGGAGAGGCCCCGCCCCCAGCGGGUGUGGCCCCGCCCCCAGCGGGUGUGGCCCCGCCCCCAGCGGGAGAGGCCCCGCCCCCGCGGGAGAGGCCCCGCCCCUCCUAA